UGUGCAAAUAGCAGUUAAAACAAACAGUAGAAUGCAUUUGGUUUUUCGACCGAAUGAAUAUUGAUGGGCAAGUAGAUUGGUCAAGAUGUUCGGGCUUGUAAGGCUAAUUGCCGUUUUACUGGCCUGGUUUUCGAAGCAUCCCUUGAAAUUUAUCAAACAUCCCGACGCAGGUGUUCUCAUAGACCAAUUAGUUCCCAAAUAUGGAUAUCCCCUGGAGGAACACUCACUAACCACAACUGACGGUUACAUCUUGGUAAUGUACCGGAUACCCUACGGCAAAAACCACAACACCACCAACCCCUACCCGGUUCUAAUGGUACAUGGCGCCAUAGGAAACCCAGAAUCAUUUCUUUCUCCCAGCCCCCACGCGGGUACAGCUUGGUACCUUGCCGACAAAGGCUUCGACGUAUGGUUGCUCGGUAUUCGAGGCAGUACCAAGUCUAGAAAGCACAGGUCGUUGGAUCCGGAUAGAGACAGAGCGUUCUGGGAGUUUGGCAUCCACGAGAUCGGAAUAUACGAUCUUACAGCGGCUAUCGAUUACAUUCUGUCCCGAACGAACAAGAAUAAAUUGUUUUAUAUCGGGUACUCGCAAGGUACUACCGCGUUCCUCAUUAUGGCGUCGGUAUUGCCGGACUACAAUGAUAAAAUUUCACUUGGGCUCAACAUAGCACCGUGUGCCUUUAUGAACUAUAAUCCAAGCACGGUGUUCAGGUUCAUAAGUACCCAAUGGGAACUGCUUAAGCAUAUUUUGGAUACACUCGGGUUACAUGAAAUUCCUUCAUUGUCAGCGGCCAACUUCAUAAAGGAUACCAUGGGACUGCUGUGUUCUGAACAAACGAUAUUCAAAGACUUAUGUUUCAUUAUAAUUUAUACCGGAGGUGAAGAUACAGGACAAAUUAACAGCUUGACUCCGCAAUUGCUGUUCACCCAAAUACCGUCGACCACGUCCCAGCGACCAUUCCUCCAUUUUUUGCAGCUAAUGAAGUCCGAGGAAUUCUUGUAUUACGAUUUUGGAAGGGAAGAAAAUUUAAAAAGGUACGGCCGGAGCAAACCACCGGUAUAUAAACUCGAAGAUAUUCGGAUUCCGACAGCUUACGUCUAUUCGGAGCAUGAUACGUUUUGCGACGCAAAGGGAGCAAGAAAAAUAAUAGAAAGGACUAGUAGCAAGCACGUGCAUAGAAUCCAAGUGCCAUUUGGUCAUGUGGAUUUCAUUAUGUCCGACAACUUGAUCCAGCAAGUCGGGGAACCCAUUUACAAUUUUUUAAUAAAUUAUACCGCUGAUAUAAAGUAAAAUACGAAAAAAUAAAAAAAAAUUAUUGUCGCGA